AUGCUUGUGACUCGAUCUUCGAAAAAUGAAAAAUACUCAUUAUCAGAACCAUCCGGUCCUCGUUUGUGGGAAAAUGCCAUAGAUGAAUUACAAGGCGACAUCAGAAACAUCCAUGAUAUGGAAGAUAAGGUGUAUAGAUGUUUAAAAUUCAGCUAUGAUCAUCUAACAGAAAAGGACCAAAAUUGCUUUUUGUAUUGUGCAUUAUAUCCGGAAGAUCAUGAAAUCAAAAAGCAUGAGAUAAUCGAGUAUUGGAUGGAAGAAGGGCUUACAGAUGAAAUGGGAAGUAGAAAAGCAAUGGGGCGUAGCGUUUACCCAACUCCGUUUCUGGUUUGGAGAAACUCACUGCAUUGUUGCUCAACGGAUGUCGUGACUCGUGAAUUAGAGAGUUUGCCUUGUGUAGUGAAGCUUCAAGCUUUGAGGAAAUUGGAUCCUCGAUCCAGCGGAGGCCGGGAAAUCCCUCAAGGUCUGGGAAUGUUGGUGAAUCUUAGACAUCUCGAUCUCGGGUACACGAGACGUUUAAAAGAGAUCGCUACCGGAUUAUUGUUGAAACUAUGCCGGCUUCAACAUUUGGCGAUUCAUUCGAUAUUAAAAAAUGCUGAAGAGAUGAGUGAAUUGAAUAAGCUGGAGGCUUUCGAAGGCGUCUUCUCCAACAUUGGCUACUUGAACAUGUAUGCAGGUCAGAGAAAAGAACUCUACAAAUACUCGAUUUUAGUAUGCCCACUGAACAAGCCUAGAUCCUUUGUUCAACAUUCUCUGUCAUCUUCUUCUCGAAAUUCGGUUAGAUUUGAGAGCAUUGAUAUUAAUUCGGGAGUUGCAAUUGUACCUCCAUAUCAACUUCAACAAUUACAUCUUAAUUAUUGCAGAGGUGUGACAAGUUUAAACAAUGUGGGACUGAGGGAUGGGAUUGAUUUGAAGGUAUGUGAACUCGUUCGUUGUGACGAGUUAGAGUCUGUAUUUUCAUCCAAGUGUGAUCAGCUUCGAACACUCGAGUAUCUUACACUCGAGCAGCUACGUCUAUAA